GUUACCAUCAUGGCAGCCGAGCAGACGGAGGAGCUGCAGAUCGCAGCUGCAGAAAUGCAGAUUAUACCGAACGGACACUCUCACCCUCUCAAAGAAGACGCGGAACCCGUCGACGACACCGGGAAAAAGAAAAAGAAAAGGAAGAAGAAGGCGAAAACAUCAGCCGAAGGAAACCAUGAGGGUGAAGUGGAGUCCGACAUCACCAAAGUGACAAAACAACUGGAGCAACAAACUAUAGAAGACCAAGAGAAGGAAGACGAGGCAGAAGAGGAUGGCAAAGGAGAUUCAACUGGAAAGAAAAAGAAAAAGAAGAAAAAGAAAGGCACCAAAGUUCAAACAGAUCCUCCAUCCAUUCCCAUCUGUGAACUUUAUCCUGGUGGAGUUUUUGCAAAGGGCCAGGAAUGUGAAUAUCCACCUGCACAGGACGGACGUACUGCUGCACAGAAAACGAGCCUUGAGGAGAAGAAGGUUUUGGAUCUGGCUAAUGAGGAGAUGUGGAAUGACUUCAGACAGGCUGCCGAGGCCCACCGGCAGGUCAGGAAAUACGUCAUGAGCUGGAUCAAACCGGGAAUGACCAUGAUCGAGAUCUGUGAGAAGCUAGAGGAUUGUUCCAGGAAGUUGAUAAAGGAGAAUGGUUUGAAUGCUGGUUUGGCUUUUCCGACCGGCUGUUCUCUGAAUCACUGUGCGGCGCACUAUACUCCCAACGCAGGAGACACCACCGUCCUCCAAUACGACGAUGUCUGCAAGAUCGACUUCGGCACGCACAUCAACGGUCGAAUCAUUGACUGUGCCUUCACCGUGACCUUUAACCCAAAGUACGAUAAACUGCUUGAAGCUGUUAAAGAUGCCACGAAUACUGGAAUUAAGUGUGCAGGUAUUGAUGUUCGUUUGUGUGACAUUGGGGAAUCAAUUCAAGAGGUUAUGGAAUCUUAUGAGGUUGAAUUAGAUGGAAAAACGUAUCAAGUGAAACCAAUCAGAAAUCUCAAUGGCCACUCUAUUGGACAGUACAGAAUACAUGCAGGCAAGACGGUGCCCAUAGUGAAAGGAGGAGAAGCCACCAGGAUGGAGGAAGGAGAGGUUUAUGCCAUUGAGACCUUCGGCAGCACUGGGAAAGGCAUGGUGCAUGACGAUAUGGAGUGUUCCCAUUACAUGAAAAACUUUGAAGUUGGACACGUGCCAAUAAGACUCCCAAGAGCCAAACAUUUGCUGAAUGUGGUCAAUGAGAAUUUCGGCACUCUCGCCUUCUGUCGCCGCUGGUUGGACCGCCUCGGCGAGACCAAGUAUUUAAUGGCUCUGAAAAACCUGUGCGACCUGGGCAUCAUCGACCCCUACCCCCCUCUGUGUGACACCAAAGGCUGCUACACAGCCCAGUUUGAACACACCAUCCUGCUGAGACCAACCUGCAAGGAGGUGGUCAGCCGGGGAGACGAUUACUAGGCCUCUACGUCGCCAGUUUUGAUAAAUCUCUACUAUGCUUUCUUAUCAUAAGAGUAUUUGAUGAGUAAAGGCCUGAAGUGGAUGAGCUGUGCCUUCUUAUUUUUAGCAUGCUUAUAUUUGGAUUGAGGUUUAGAUCAAUGAUGGUAAAGAUGUCCCUUUGUUGAACCAUGGCUUAACUGACAGGCACAGAUAUGCGCAUACCACCUGCCCAUAAAGUGCUCGAGAGCCAUUUUGUUAACUCCGAAAACAAUCUGGUGCACUUUACUUUAACCGUAAGAAAUGUGAAUUCAAAACCACAUUUUCAGAUCACCUACAUUAGAUACGUUAGGCCUUUGAGAUUUCAUGUCUUUUUACACAAAGCUUUGUUCAUUUUUAGUGUAGUAGGGAUUGGAAAAAUGUUGUGUUUUGAUUAAUUGUAUUUUUGUGUUUCUCGUUUUUCAAUUUGGAGCUUUUGAAUGACCCGUUUAGACGGAGAGAUUGAACCAGCAGCAGAAUUCGCUUUAUUCCUUAAACCAAGAACAAACUUGAACAUAACAUGGAGGCUGACAAUAAAUAAUCAUUCACGCACAUGCUUUCCUCACUCUUAAGAGCAGGCCCUAAUGGAGAUGAUGAUGCGUCAGCGUAUAUAUUUUGGCUAAGCUUGGUUUCAUGUAAAGCCUGUUUGAAACCUUUCUCAGAAUGAAGUGCAAAUAAAAUUUGUAAGAAAUUA